GUCUGCACUCCUCUCCCGUACCACUAGAGGGCCUCUCCCCCGUUCAGACCCAUCCCCGGUCUCCACAUCCAGCCCUCCCUCCUGCGCUCCUCCUCCUCCCACUCGCUACCUCCAUUCAACCUUAAUGCUACCAACACCGGUACUUUAGCCAUCGUCGACCUGUCAGCCAAAGCUAUCCCUUGUGAAUCGUGAUAUUUAAAGCCCAAGUUUUCAGUCACAGAUAGAGGAUCAGUCUCCAUAAGACCUAAACCAGUCCCGGCAGACAAGGCAGGUGCUGUUCAAGGCGUCGAGAAUACCAACGGAAAACCUCUGUUUUCAUUUUCCAAACACCCACAGGACGACAGGUUCACGGUGUCAGUCACACGGACACACAGAAGGACGGCCGGACCAGCAUCUGAGGAGACUGCACUCUGAAGGCUUGACCAGCGGAAGGGACCAGAUAAAUGGCGGACAAGCAGAUCAGUUUGCCUGCCAAAUUAAUCAAUGGGGGUAUCGCUGGCCUGAUUGGAGUGACAUGUGUGUUCCCCAUUGACCUGGCAAAGACCCGCCUCCAGAACCAGCAGAAUGGAUGCCGCCUUUACACCAGCAUGUCUGAUUGCCUUAUCAAGACUAUUCGCUCCGAGGGAUAUUUUGGCAUGUACAGAGGAGCGGCGGUGAACCUGACCCUCGUCACGCCAGAGAAAGCCAUCAAGUUGGCUGCAAAUGAUUUCUUCAGACAACACCUGAGCGUGGACGGGAAACUCACCCUGGUGAAGGAGAUGCUGGCUGGCUGCGGGGCCGGUACAUGCCAGGUUGUUAUCACCACUCCUAUGGAGAUGUUGAAAAUCCAGCUCCAAGAUGCUGGACGCAUUGCGGCUCAGAGGAAGCUGAUGCCGGAGACGGUGGUGGCGGGCACGGUGGAGGCCAAAUCGCCCACUGCCAUGCAGCUAACGCGCAUGCUGCUGAGGGAGAAGGGCAUCGCCGGCCUGUACAAAGGCCUGGGCGCCACCAUACUCAGGGACGUUCCUUUCUCCAUUAUCUACUUCCCGCUGUUCGCCAACCUGAACCACCUGGGCAAGAGGGGCGUAGAGGGCCCCGCCCCCUUCUAUGUGUCCUUCUUCUCCGGGUGUCUGGCCGGCAGCACCGCCGCCGUCGCUGUCAACCCUGUGGACGUGAUCAAGACCCGGCUGCAGUCCCUAAACCGGGGCAGCACCGAGGACACGUACAGCGGCGUCGUCGACUGCAUCAGGAAAAUCCUGCGCAACGAGGGCCCCGGAGCUUUCCUGAAGGGAGCCUACUGCCGCGCGCUGGUCAUUGCGCCGCUCUUCGGCAUCGCCCAGGUGGUGUACUUCCUGGGCGUGGCCGAGUACUUCCUGGCCCUGCUGCCCAAAAAGGACAAAUAGGAAGGAACCUUCCUCAUGCUCCUCCUACUGCUCCUCUCUGCCUCUCCAUCCUCCCACCAUGCAUUGCACCGACUCACCAAUCAAGACUCAUCUCAUUAAGCGACGACAAAAGAAGGUUGCGUUGAUUUUCUGUUUUGUGCGUGUGUUCCGUUGAGUGUGGAGACUUCAAACGUUUGGGGAAUCCUCUGUGAGCCAGGCUGACUAGCGUGUCCCAUGGGAGGCCAGGAGACGGGCAGAGCCAGCUCUCUGUAAUGAGGCACACAUAUCCUUUCUAUGUUCUUUCCAUAAGUCUUUCCUGACAUUGAGUGGAGCUGUGAGAUGUGAAUGUUGAGACAGAUUUGAUGUAUUGCCCCGGGUUGCCCAAAUCAUCGAAAACCUUCCCACCACGUUUGCUUCCACCCAGCACGGUCCUCUCAGACGAUCAGGGGGUGUUGGCUUGGUAACAUUGAGAGAUGAUUAUCACAAUCCACUGUACAUAUCUCCCCUGGAACGAUCUCUAGCUGCAAGGACCCCAGACCCCCUUAUGAUUGAUCAGAUAUACAAUCCAAUGAAUUAGAGUAAAGUGUAUUUUUCGGGUUCAAAGAAAGAGCCCUAGGACGUUUGGAUAUUUUUCAAACGUUCCCCAGAUAUGUACCGCUGACAUCUCACUCACCUGGCUGCAACUGGUUGUAAGGAACUCUGCCAUUCAGUCUAUUGGAGGCUGACCUGUAUUGCCUUUACCUAGAUUAUUUAUCAUAUAUAUAUAUAUAUAUAUAUAUAUAUAUAUAUAACACUAUAUGACGUUGAGUGACAGUGGCUCCACGAUGAUUAGGACAGCUCUAGUCCGAGGUCUGCAUUCAGCCCUUACUACAGUCUGUCUCGUUGGACCUAUCAUGCAGGACCUACCUAGUUAUACACGAUAUGCAGUUCAAAUAGACGACGUAGCGUUUAAUCAAGUUAUUUUGCACAUUAAUAUGUACACACACUAAAAGCCUGUAAAUGCCAGUACCCCUGAUUAAAUUAGUUGUUUAGUGUAAUUACACCGGGGAGGAGCACUGUAACCCAUCCUGAAACCAACCCUUAGCCAUAUUAUCUUAGAGAUCCUGGAUCGCAGCGGGACUAUUGUUUACAGAUCAGUUCGAGCUCGCUCUUCUUAUCGUUAUUAUUUUGUUAUUUUGUUUAAAAGAAAUGAUCCAUCACGUGCAUACAGCGACGGUACCCAAAGAGCAUUAUACUAACACAGAAUUUUACAUGACAAUAGGUGGGCUUUUAGCAGGGGGGACCGCCUUCCAUUCAGACAUAACGCCACUCCGAUAUUGAUGUCUAAUUGUCGUAGUGGCGGCACUUCCAUUGUUUUCAAUAGUAUCCGUCUGCGUCCUGCAAGACGGAGGCGUGACUUGUAGUAGGAGGCGUGACUUGUAGUAGGAGGCGCAACUUGUAGUAGCAGGCGUGUCUUGAACUUUUCUAAAUCAUGGAAGUAGGAGGCGUGUCUAGUAGCCUACUUUUCUAAAUCGCGGAAGUGAUCUGUAUGUAGCAGUGGACCUCAAAUAUUAGGCCUUAUAUAAAAAUAAUCUUAACAUGAUCUUAACUUCAGACUUCGACUUCAAGGAAGAGCUCCCGUAAUAUGUGAACCGUGAUUUACAAUACUUAAAUUACCGCGAAAAGAGGAAGAUCUCGCGUGGACCGCAAUUUAGAAAAGUACAAGACACGCCUCCUCCUGCUACAAGUUACGCCUACUACAAGUUACGCCUCUGUCUUGCAGGACGCAGACAGACCGUACUCAUUGUUUUCAAACGUCCCACCACUCCGACAAUUUCUGUUUUCAUGGUCGGAGCGACGGUAGGCCUACUCUACUUUUUUUCAAACGUCCCGCCAUUCCGACAUGAGGUCAUUAAUAUAAAGUGCAUUACUAUUAUCAUUGUAGCUUACUUUAAUUAAUUAAUAUGAUCAUUUCUUAGUUGCAUGCGAUGUAGUGUCCUACACUGACAUUCGUCAUUUUGAGUUGCGAGUCCCGGGACGCUAAAAUGUCCUGGUUUCCAGCAUCCACUAAAUGUCCCCUUUUGUCCGCGAUUAUAUAUCCAACGUGGUCUUAUUAUAGCCCGCUCAUUAACUAAAAAACACAUAGAAAGAUUGAAGCAUCGAGCAUGUGAUUUCAACAAUCUGAGAGGGCAUACGCAACAGGGAUAAUCGCACAGUGGAAUGCUGCACGAUUUAAUCUGCACAGUGGAAAGCGCUCUUCCAUUUGGCGGACAAGUGCUGGCCGGAGAUGUUCGCUCAUUUUAGAAGCAGGGAGAUGGCAAGACAAAAAUACAUGAUUAAUUUGCCGUGUGCUGCCUGGCACUAAUGCGGCCCGCGAGGGUAUAUUUACCGGGAAUUUUAGUGGAAACCUAUAGGUAAAAAUAAAAGGUUGAGGGAUAUUUUAUAACAUGUUUAACGGAUUUCCCUUCUAUGGGCAAAAACUGUUGGUUAAUUAUUAUUGAUCCCCUUCGAGAAUUUGUGUGGAAAGGGGUGGGUCUGGGGCGGGCUAUAUUCUCACCUUUCUCCUUUGUAAAGGGCAUUGUAUUGCCUUUGGGCCGAUAUGAAGUUAACUGUGCCCAUUCCUUGAUUCGUUCUGAAUCAAACAAUUAAUUUCGUUCCAAUGAUCUUCCAAUCAACUCCAAUAGUGGUCCUGCAUUGAGUUUAAAUCCAACUCUAACGAAUACGAAACUCUAGCACUCGUAACACACUUGGGAAAUGCAGUCGUCAAUUGAUGGAAUGGGUUAUUUCAUACAUCAUCCCAAACAAAAUUUGGAAUUAACCAAAUAAUUUACAGAUAAAUAAUACUGAAAUGGCUACUUUUUGGUUUAACACAUUUUAACGAAAUAUUUAUGAUCCCCCAAUGUUGACCUGAAGUCGGCGCCACUGAUUGAUAGAUCAGUCGGAAUGGCAGUACUAAAAGGUGUCAGAAUGGGGGCAUGUCGAAAUGGCGGCAUAUCUGAAUGGCGGCAUGUCGGACUGCCAGCAUGUCGGACUGGCAGCAUGUGACCUUUAACAGGAUGCCUAAUGAAUGCAUGCUCUUCUUUAAAGAGUGUGUGUUUUCUCCAUGCUCCUGGGCAAUGCUUGGACAGCCUUUGUCGUGCGUGUGCGUUACACCCUGCCAUAGAGCUGUAUCUCGUCUGAGAUCAAGGUGACUUUGAUGUGCAUUAUCCACUCACUUUCUCCUCACUCUCCCGCUCUCAGCAGCUAUUGACGUGUGCUGUUGCACCCUUGUAAACACAAUGCACCUUGUAUUAUGAUUUGUGGAUCAUCUUUAUCGGCAGUGUAGCGCAACUGUGUGUUCUGAGGUGUCCCGUGUCCUGAUGUUGUACAUAUGCAGAGGAUAAUUACCUUUAUCUUUUAGUGUUGUUUUUGUACAUUCGGCUUAUUUGCACACCUACCUCUUCACUGCCCCCCUUUUUGCAUCAUUGUUGUGGUGAUUUAUGUUGUAAGGAAAUGGUUCAUAUGAAGGAAGUAUAUUAAUUGCAGCAACGGAUUCGAUUUUUUUUUUUACCAUGUGCAAAGAUGAUGAUGCUUUAUGAUGAUGACCGCCUGUUCGAGGGCUGAUGGUGGCGUCUCUGGUCUCCGAGAAUGCUGGUCACAAGUGUUGUAUAAUGAUGUCAUAUUUAUAUUUAUUUGUAAAGCUUUCAGCUUUCCUGUGAAUGCCGUAUAAUUAACUACAGGGAGAUAUUAACAAAAUGCUGGAAAUUGGACAUCGAUAUUCCUUGAUAUUGGUGCCUAUGUUGUUUGUUAGCCGCCGAGCGGCUCGCAGAGCGACGCUAAUGAUCGUAGCCGCGGUGAUUGAUUUGUGUGUGAACGAGACUGUCUGAUUCUUCACUUGAAGCCGUGGGUUUGAUCAGUCAGAGUCCAUGCGAGGGAAAGCCAGCUAGAAACCGCCACCAUCACUGGACACCUGCAGCCAUAGCGACGAGCCACAGACCAAGUACAAAGAGCUGCCCAACCGUACCAUCUCGCUUCAUUUCUUUCUGUACUGGUGAUGAUGUAAUCCCCCCCCCCCCCCUACAUUCCAAAGGCUAUGUAAUCUCAUUCCUAUUUUGUGUCAGUGGAAUUGUGAGAAAAUUUUUGAAUGUUAUUGGUUUGAUUGUUCCCAAUUUACUGAGAUGAUUUCAUAUUUGGUUUUUGUCAUCUGUUGUGCUGAUGAUUUGGUUUUAAUGCAACCGUGAAGUUUAAUUGACCUUGUGCACUUGUAUGUGUGCGUAUGAUUGUGUGUGAGACUGUGCGUGUGUGUAUGCGUAACAGUGUAGUGCUGUAGGUGAUAUAUGUCGUUGUGUAAGUGUGACACUGCAAUGUUUUAUUUAUCUUAUCGUUGGUCCCACUCUUCUCUUCUCUUCAACACUCUUCAAUACCCUUCAUCAGACUGUCCCUCAUCUAGACUUAGGAAGAGCCUGUUCCUCAAGGGUCCAUGAACACCAAAUAUAUACCAGUGUAUACAAUCAAGAAAGCACAAAUGGAUAAUUAGGCACAAGAGACAACUUAUCCAAAUCGAACAAGCUUGAUAAAGUUCUUCGAUGUUAAUACCCCCCAUAAAUCUAGUAGGCUACUUUCACAACUUAACAAUAGAUGGAUUUAAAACUGGAACCCGGCUUUGAAAUUUUAUUUCACUACAUGUUAAGUGAUGUAUAGUCUUCAAGUCAAGGGCUUAUUCCAGGUUCCUGGGAAGCUCAACUGAAAACAAGAGGUCACUUCUCAGGCCUGCUCCGGAUCUUUAAUGGUAAGAACGGCUUGCAGUCCUGUCGUUCGUAUAGGCCUAUAUCACUUACAACACGUAUAAGAAUGUAACGUAAAGAAUCUGAGAUAUAUUAUAAAUAGAGUGAAGAUUUUAUUAGAUAUUAGUCAAAAUAUUCAUAGCAGCAAGAGACACUGAAAAAAAUAACAAACCAGCUUAUCGAUAUGCAAUAAGUAGACACGUCACGUAGAUGCACACACAAAUAAUACAACAAUAAAUGACUAAUUUAGGACAAUGCAAUGCUCUCUCUGGAGAGCACAGUGCAUUAUUUCACUUUGGAUAUAGGUUCUCCACACCUUGCCUGCAUCUCCCUCGCUGACAAAGAGAGGAAGACGAGAUGCAUGGUGAGUGACGUAAUUGUCGUUGUUUACAAUACGAUGAAAAAAAAUGUAUGUAAUGACAUCUUGUAUUCCCUGCCACAAUUUGCUGUUGAAUAAAAUGUUGAAUUAAA